CCCUCCCAUUCAUAAAAAGCCAUUUUCCCAGGGAGUUGCAACAUCGAAAGCGAGCUGACAGCAGAGGAGCUAUGCAGCCUGGAUCGUCAGUGCUUGUACUGAGGGCUUUCAUGUGCACAGCUGGGGACAUUCUGUGAUUUUUGGAUUACUGAGAAAUGAGCCUUGCUGAAUUCUUGCAAAUUUUUUAAGAAAGUCUCAUCAUUUUCAGAGGAGGUCAAUGGAUUCCAGGAUUCCACACAGCAUUACUGUGGUACCAAAUUCAGUCAUGGUGCAGCCUCUACUAGAUGGCCGCGUUCCAUAUGGAAGAUUACAACAUCCGCUCACCAUCCUUCCGAUUGAUCAGAUGAAGACCACUCAUCUUGAAAAUGAUUACAUUGACAACCCAGCUCUAAGUCAGCUAGCCAAUCAAAAGCUCAACAGGGGCUCACACGAGCCUUUUCUCAUCAAUCAACAUUUGCAGAGAUGUGAAGCUGAUAUUACACAUCCUUGGAUAUCAUUCAGUGGACGGCCCAGCUCAAUUAGCAGUAGCAGUAGUACCUCUUCAGAUCAGAGACUUUUGGACCACAUGGCCCCACCUCCUGUGGUUGAUCAAUCUCCUCCUAGGGCAGUAAGGAUACAGCCUAAAGUGAUUAACUGUAAGCCUCAGGAUGUUAAAGGACCCUUGAAUCAAGAAUUGGACAAGCACUUUUUACUUUGUGAGGCCUGUGGCAGAUGUAAAUGCAAAGACUGUACAACUCCUCGGACCUUACCUUCCUGCUGGAUUUGCAACCAGGAAUGUCUGUGUUCCGCACAGAAUAUGGUCAACUAUUCAACUUGCAUGUGUCUAGUCAAGGGAGUCUUUUACCACUGCACCAACGAAGAUGAUGAAGGCUCCUGCGCAGAUCAUCCGUGUUCCUGCUCUCACUCCAACUGCUGUGCUCGCUGGUCUUUCAUGAGUGCCUUGUCAUUGGUCCUCCCAUGCUUGCUUUGCUAUCUUCCGGCCACUGGCUGCGUAAAACUUUCUCAGAAAUGCUACGACCAAGCAAGCCGACCCGGGUGUCGGUGCAGAAACACAAACAGUGUCAUGUGCAAAGCACCGGACGCAGUCAGCAGACCAGAAAAGCCAUUUUGAGAGUAGCUGUGAGGUUCUGUUUUGUGAACUGUCUUCUAAAAAUGCAUCAUGCAGAAAAAUUAGGAAAAAAAGACUCCAGACAGUAUAUUCUCACCAGAGGCUUUAAUUUACAAUUCUUUGAGCAAGGUGGUCCAGCAACACUUAGUAUUAUCAGAAAAGAGAAAUGCAUUAUGUGUUUGGCUGCUGCUGUGAACCAUUUUCAAAUCCUGUGUUGAAGAUCUGUAUGCUAACUAGAUAGCCAUAGGGAUUAGCUUGAAGAGACUAGUUACCUUCAUUGUAUUUACAGCUACCAUUAAGAACCGAGAAUGUUAUCCCUCAGUUAGCAUGGAAGCAAGCCAGCUCUAGUUCUUCCUCACACACUCAAGUGUUUGUUUUUUAAGCUGAAGGCUUCAGUCUGUGGUGAUCUACACUUUUCAUUGAUGUGUGGUAACUCUGCUGAGGCUUUGUUGUGUAACUCUUUUGUCUGUGGUUUAAUGUUUUUGUAUUUUUUAUAUAAACGUAUUAGUUCUCUUACAAGUUGUUUUUGGCUAAUGAAGGCAACAUGGGAGACCAGAGUGCCAAAGGUACAGAUUCAAUCCACAUUGUGGUGACAGGAAGGAAUGUGCAACUCUCUAUUCCUCCACUGUGUCAAGGUUCUUCCGGCCUGCCUAUUAUUAGCCUUUCUCACUGCCCUUCACUAACCCUUCUUACGGAUAAUGGGAAACGCCAUUUCAUUUUCAGCUAUGCACCUUCUCCAUGAGAAAGGUUGUCAGCACUGUGGGUAAAAAAAAACAAUUGGAACAAUAUGUAUUGACAAAUCAUAUCAAUCCCCCCUUAGUAACAACACAUAGCCUUGCUAAAGAUCACUUGUGCUGAGAGUAACAACUCUCAACCCCAGAUCAGCAAACAUAUCAGGUUUAGCUAUCUCAGCAGCUGUCUCAACAUGUUAAUUAAGGGUAAUUGUUACACCGUUUAACCCCACUUCCUGCUGCUGGAACCCUUAGUGCAUUGCAGCACAUGGCCAUUGCUUGCAUUGCUCCCUCUCCUCCAGUUUAUCAGGAAAUUCAAAUUCACUGU